AUGGAGCCGGCUCCGCUGCGGCUCCGCUGCGGCUCCGCUGCGGCUCUGGCUCCGCUGCGGCUCCGCUGCGGCUCCGGCUGCGGCUCCGGCUGCGGCUCCGGCUGCGGCUCCGGCUGCGGCUCCGGCUGCGGCUCCGGCUGCGGCUCCGGCUGCGGCUCCGGCUGCGGCUCCGGCUGCGGCUCCGGCUGCGGUUCCGGCUGCGGCUCCGGCUGCGGCUCCGGCUGCGGCUCCGGCUGCGGCUCCGGCUGCGGCUCCGGCUGCGGCUCCGGCUGCGGCUCCGGUCGUUCUCAGGUGAUAGUUCCAUCCCAGCCAAUAGUGGCAAUAGUUGGCGAUGAUGUAAUUUUGCCAUGUCUACUGGACCCUGUUAUGGAUGCCUUUCAAAUGACUGUGAUGUGGGGCAGACCUGGCCUGGUCCCUGAGUUUAUCCUUGUGUGGAGUGUGGGUGAGAGUACAAAACAUCCGUCCUACAGAGGAAGAACAUCUCUGUUCACCGAGGAACUGAAGCACGGAAACGUUUCACUGAAACUCUCCAACGUUAAAAGAUCGGAUGAGGGAACAUACAGAUGCUUCAUUCCAGAGUUAGAUAGAUCCACACAUUUUCAGCUUGUUGUUGGUGCCGUCUCCUGGCCUGUUGUCAACGUGACUAAACACAUGAGUGAAGUGGUUCUCCAGUGUGAGUCUGGAGGCUGGUAUCCACAGCCUGAGGUGCUGUGGCUGGACGCUGAGGGAGAGCUGCUCUCUGCUGGACCUACAGAGACCCUCAGAGGUCCUGAUGACCUCUACACCGUCAGCAGCAGAGUGACUGUGGAGAAGAGACUCAGUAACACCUUCACCUGUAGAGUCCACCAGCAGGACAUCAACUGGACCAGGGAGACACACAUCCAUGUUCUAGGUUAUUCAAGUUUAUAA